GAACGCCAAGCAACAAUGAAAAAAGAAAAAGUAGCUGUCAGCAAACAAACAAACUAGCUGAUCGAAACAAGAUGCAGAGAUCAAAUUCUCUCACUAUUGAUGGUCAAGGCCUUCAGAUCACACCAGCUUCAGAUAUUCAUCCACUUCUAGUUUUUGUUAACCCUAAAAGUGGAGGAAAACAAAGAGAAAGAAUUUAUAGGAAAUUUCAGUAUCUUCUGAAUCCUCGUCAGGUUUAUAGCCUUGCAGGAAAUGGAUCAAUGCCAGGACUACAUUUUUUUUGAGAUGUUUCUGAUUUUAGAGUAUUGGCAUGUGGUGGUGAUGGAACAGUAGAUUGGAUUUUGGACUGCAUAAAAAAAGCAAAUUUGAUUAAGCAUCCUCCUGUUGCUAUUCUCCCUCUUGAAACAGGGAAUGAUUUAGCCAGAUGUCUGAGAUGGGGAGGAGGAUAUGAAGGGGAGAAUCUUCUCAAGAUUUUAAAACAUAUUGAGAACAGUACUGAAAUCUUACUGGAGAGGUGGAAAUUUGAAGUCAUACCUAAUGAUAAAGAUGAAAAAGGAGAUCCCGUGCCUUACAGCAUCAUCAAUAAUUACUUUUCAAUUGGAGUUGAUGCUUCAAUUGCUCACAGAUUUCACAGUAUGCAAGAAAAACAUCCAGAAAAAUUCAAUAGCAGAAUGAAGAAUAAAUUUUUGUAUUUUGAAUUCAGCACUUCUGAAACUUUCUCUGCCACCUGCAAGAAGUUGCAUGAAUCUCUGGAAAUAGAAUGUGAUGGAAUUCAGAUAGAUCUGAAUAAUAUUUCUCUGGAAGGAAUUGCUAUUUUGAACAUUCCAAGCGUGCAUGGAGGAUCAACUUGGGGUGAGACCAAGAAAAGGUAAAGCCAUCGUCAAUUUGAAAAAAAAAGGCCAGAUAAAAGGUUCACUGUUACAGAUGCUAAGGAAUUGAAGUUUGCAUGCCAAGACCUAAGACAUCAGUUGGUAGAAGUGGUUGGCCUGGAAGGAGCCAUGGAAAUGGGACAAAUAUAUACUGGAUUGAAAAGUGCAGGAAGACGCCUUUCUCAGUAUUCUUCUGUUUUCAUUAGGACUAGCAAAUCUCUGCAUAUGCAGAUUGAUGGGGAGCCAUGGAUGCAUGAUGAAAAUUACCCACAAGAAUCAAGCUCCGGUUCUGAUGGGGCCUUCUCCGAAAACUGGCCUCUUCUCUUCCAUCAUUAAGAGAACAAGGAACUACAGCAAAGAGUAGUUCAAACUUUAAAAAAUUAAAUGAGCAGGGAUGUAGACUGGAAAUCUUUCAAGGGUUUUAAAAAUAUUCUCUACAUAAUAAUCAUGGAAGCAGGAAUAACUGCUGUGACAGAGCUAAUGUAAAAUGAUGCUAUUAGAAUAAUUUGUUGCCACAGUUUGUAGGCAUUUUGCAUGAAGAAAGCUAAUGUUUACAUAAACUGGUAAAACAUAUUUUUGUUGCAUGCAUUGCAGUCACUAAUUUACAGUAUAAAUAUGCUGUAGAUGGGGGGGAGAAAUGUAACAGUAUUAGAAAUGUGAUUUUCAUACAAUAUGAUCCUCAACCUGCUUGCUUCGUUUUCAGAUGAGAUAUUUAAUUUCUUAUACCUCUUCAGGCCUUUACUGAGGAAAAUACAGAAAAAUUUAUUAUAGCCUUACUGCUUACCACUUACAAAUAAAUAACACUUCACUAGUUGUCACUCUUAAAUAGAAGUAAUCCAGAUUAGUGUGGAUCCAAUUCAUUUCAAGACUGAAAUAUGAAAGAUUCAUUUAUUUUUCUGCAUUUAGCUUCCCUCAGAAACAUAUUUAACAGAUAAUACAUCCCAUUAUCGAUAGGAGGAUUAACUUUCACAUAAGCAUGUUUAGAAUUAUGUUGUUUACUUUUCAGAUAGUUAUCACAUUUAUAAACAUUUCCACCAAGAUGUAGGAAUAAGAGUAGAAUUUAAAUAAAUGUUGCUAACUUUUUUCUAAAAUAAUGAGCUGUUUCACAUUAUACAGAAGAAAUCCUGAAUUUAUCUAGCGCUGAUUGAACCUAUAUGCUUACCCACUCUUGUGUCUCCAAUAAAUAUAAUUAUUUGAUUCCUACAUCUACAUUCGUACAUCUAUAAACAGAAUAUACAAAAAUUAGCUAGUAAUUUUAUCUUUUAAUGUCAGUUUUAAAUAUUCUCCAGUACACCAGAUACAGUUGCAAAUAAGCAAAUAACAUGCCUAAUAAUCCACAUUUGUCCUUUCCUCAAUCAAUAUAGUAAGUAUAUGAGGAAUUAGAUUAAUGGAUAAUUAACCCAUUUUCUGGAUAAGCUUCAUUUUUCCAAUCUCUUAAUUACAUUAAGCAUCUUUAAGAAACUGGAAGAACAGGGGUUGAAAUUCACAAAUAAUAUCCAUAGAGGUUCAUGACUUUGUGUAAUUAUUUAAAUCUCAUCAAUGUAAGAUCACUAGCUCACCUUAGACAUAAGACUACUAAUAUGUGGUUAGACCAUAUUUAUUGUGGCACUUUAUGUAGUAAGCAAAUCAUUCACUCAAGGGAUUCGUUGUAUCCAGCAGCCUCUGUAGUUGAUGCAAGCUCUUAUUCUAUUCUACCCAUGUCCUCGCGAGACGGAAUUUAUGUCCUGAUGCUGCUUUCAUUCUUCUGAUGGAAGAAGUAAGAGCAAAAUAACAAACAGAGAUAAUAAAUAUCAACCAAAUCAAUCACAACAGGGGAGUCAUGUUAAAAUUUAGCCAGUUUUCUGGAACCUCAAGACUGAUAACUCAACCUAGUCUUGAGAGACUUCCAAACAUCACCUUAGAAUAAUAAACCUUCUAAGUAUCCACUUUCACAAGUGUACAAGAGACCCAGUGGAGAUACUGGAUUUGGAAAACUCUUAAGCCCAUUUCAAUUCUUAAGGGUUCUAAAGAAAUAGAAGAAGAAUAUGGUAACUCAAUUUUCCCUUUAUCCUAGUUUUCAUAUACAUAAUAAGGAGUGACUGUUUUCAGCCUUCUAUAUCUUUGGGAAUUAUUCAUAAAUUUUGAAACCCAUUUUUCUAAACUCUAAAUGGUACAGAUAGCUUGUAAUGCAGACAAUAAAUUUAAAAUUAGUUGUGGCUGGAAAACAGAUCAAAAUACUGAGAUACAAAAAUUAUUUUUGCUAUUGUUUUGUAUAUUAAAUAAUGCUCAACAUUUUACAAACUCUCAAAAUGUUCUUAGAUUUUGUAUUUUGACAUGAGAUAUUGUGCUAUACCCUUAAAUGUAUUAAGAUUUUAUUAUUCUCAUAGGAGGUUGCUAAAAUUUUUCAAAAGUUGAGAUGCUUGUUUUUAACUGAAGAGUUGUGAACAGGCUAUCAUGGAAGAAUGUGCCUUGCAUUUGAAAAAGUUACUAUUGCAAAUAUUGAGAUUUAACAGUCUUAGAACCAUUGAACAACAUGAAAUUAUGUGAUAAAGUCUUUUUUGAAUCCAAUAAUUUCUACUGAGGUUGUUCUUUCUCUUUCAUGGCCUCUUAAAAAUGCAUUUAAUUGCUUCAAGGCUGCAAUACACUUUGUGUGCUUUUAAUAGUGCUCCCUCAUGGUGAAACCCCUCACUGCUUUAGCAUUGCAAAAAUUUUAUAUGUAUGACAAAAGUCUUUGGACUGAAUCCCGACUUAUUCAGAAUAGACACUUUCAAGAGACGUAUCUAUUUCAGU